AUGAUCCUGUUCCUCUCAUUGUUUGCUUUAGCUCUGGGUUCAGUGUCAACUUCAUCUGAACCAGAAAUAAGGCUGGAGCGUGGCACCUGCCCCAUGUUCUGGUACAGCUUCAAUGGCCGCUGCUACAAGUACGUCGCCACACAGAUGACCUGGGCUGAAGCAGAGCUCCACUGUGUAUCAGAAGGAGCCAACCUGGUGUCUGUCCACAGCUCUGCAGAGCAUGAUUUUGUUAAAUCUCUGAUCAAGAACUUUGACCCUGCUGAAGGAUGCACAUGGAUCGGACUCAGUGAUAUCCAUAAGGAAGGUGGCUGGAUGUGGUCUGAUGGUUCUGCAGCAACAUUUUUCUCUUGGGGUCCCGGGGAGCCAAACAACAAAGGUGGAGCUGAACAUUGUGUUCAAACUAACUUUAAUCCAGAUAAAAAAUGGAAUGAUGCACAUUGUUCUGACUACUACCCCUCGGUCUGUGCAAGUCGCACAGCCUUUAUCUAG